AUGUCCUUCGCCAUGCUGCGCUCGGCGCCGGGGCGCUUCCUGUACCCCGAGAUCAGCGCGCUGUCCGAGGACGAGGAGAACAGCGAGAGCUCGGGCUCGGAGGAGAAGCCCUUCCACGUGGAGGGCGACGCGUUCGGCAUGCGGGGCGGCAAGCGGCGGCCCGGCAAGAGCCGCGGGCGGCUGGCGCGGGAGCCGCGGCAGCGGCACACGGCGAACGCCCGCGAGCGGGACCGCACCAACUCGGUGAACACGGCGUUCACGGCGCUGCGCACGCUCAUCCCCACCGAGCCGGCCGACAGGAAGCUCUCCAAGAUCGAGACGCUGCGCCUCGCCUCCAGCUACAUCUCGCACCUGGGCAACGUGCUGCUGCUCGGCGACGCGGGCGGCGGAGGGCAGCCGUGCCACGGGGCGGCGGCGGCGGCGGCGGGGCCGGGAGCGGCGGCGGCGGCGGCGGCGGCGGCAGCGGCGUUCUGCAGCGGAGGGAGCGCGUCCCCGCCCGGGCGGGAGAGCGAGAGCGGGCAGCCGCGGCAGAUCUGCACCUUCUGCCUCAGCAACCAGCGCAAAAUGGUGAGCGGCGAUGGUGGGGAUAACGGGAAUAACGGGGAUACCGGGAUCCGGGAUAGCGGGAAUGGGGUCCGGGAUAGCGGGAAUGGGGUCCGGGAUAGCGGGAAUGGGGAUCCCGGGGUGCCCAGCCCCGGCAGAUCGGCACCUUCUGCCUCAGCAACCAGCGCAAAAUGCCGCGGCAACAAAGGCACGGACGGACGGACGGACGGACGGACGGAGGGACGGACGGGGCCGCACGUGCGGUGCGGGCAGCGAGAACGGCGGGGAGGGGUUGGGGAGGGCAUGGGCAUGGAGAACGGGAACGGGAUCCCUAAAAACGGGGAUGGGAAACGGGAAUGGGAUCCCUAA